UCCUCUAGCAACAUGGCUGACAGCAAGGCCAAGUCUGCCAAGGCCGCCAACAAGACACCCCCCAAGUCCCCGGGGGACCCUGCAAAGGACCGGGCAGCCAAGAGGCUGUCGCUGGAGACAGAAGGGGCCGCUGAGGGGGCGGCUGCCGCGGCCCCGGAGCUCAGCGCCCUGGAGGAGGCCUUCCGGCGGUUCGCGGUGCACGGAGACACCAGGGCCACUGGGAAGGAGAUGCACGGCAAGAACUGGUCGAAGCUGUGUAAGGAUUGCCAGGUCAUCGAUGGGAAGAACGUGACCGUCACAGACGUGGACAUCGUCUUCAGCAAAAUCAAAGGGAAGUCCUGCCGGACCAUCACAUUCGAGCAGUUCAAGGAGGCACUUGAAGAACUCUCCAAGAAGAGAUUCAGAGACAAGAGCAGCGAGGAGGCUGUCCGCGAGGUGCACAGGCUCAUCGAGGGCAAGGCCCCCAUCAUCUCGGGGGUUACGAAAGCCAUCUCGUCGCCCACCGUAUCUCGGCUCACGGACACGACCAAGUUCACGGGUUCCCACAAGGAACGCUUCGACCCAUCAGGCCGGGGCAAGGGGAAGGCAGGCCGUGUGGACCUGGUGGACGAGUCGGGCUACGUGCCAGGCUACAAACACGCAGGCACCUACGACCAGAAGGUGCAGGGGGGCAAGUAGCCAGCCCUGCCAAGGCCUGUCCACCUCACACUUCAUUACAUUCCUGUGCUCCCCGGUCAGAACUCAAGACUCUGGGGCCCAGGUGGCUGUGGGGGUGACACCCAGGCCUCCUCCUGCCCCGGGGCCAGCACGCUUCUCUCUGACCCCCAGGUGGGGCCCCUGAACUCACUGACCUUUUGUAACACACCUGCCUCGUCCAGUGCUGGCCGUCAACAAAUGGCCUUUUCCAAAGUGUCUCCCAGGACCAGACCACACUAGCCACCUGGCUUACAGGCCGAAGGGCCAUUGUACAGGAGCCGGUGGGCCACGGGGGCGAGUGGGACAGACCCCGUCAGAGGUGGUGCCGACCUCCUGACCUACAGACCCCUCCCAGGAGCCUCGAGGGCAACGAGCGCUAACUCACUAACAGCAGCACCACAAAAACGAAGUGAGCCCCGAACAGGACACCGUGCAGGUGUGGGGAGGCGGGACACGUGCGCACACGCACACACGCUUGCAAAUGCUCAUGCACAUGCUUGCACACACAUGCUCACACACACGCACACACGUACACACGUUGCGGAACCAGAGGCUGGCGAGCAAGGGAGGAAGGUGAGCCAGUGAAAGGCUCCUCCGUGGACCAAAGGAACAUGGUUUGAAGUGCGAAGCCCAAGAGUGUCAAAAUGGAAACAGGACAAUUCAUUUCACUGUGCUUUCCUAAGAAGAAAUAAGAAACGUGCUUAUUCUUAGAAUGGGUCAGGCAAGAUUGAGAAUACCCUGUUUCUGCCCCUUUCUCUCCUGCCGUCCGUGUCUCCGGGUCAGGACACCCUGCUGGCUGAGGCUUCCCAUGCAGGUGCUUUGCUGGCAGGACCGGGCGUCUUCUCCCCGGGGGCUUUGCCCCGCACUUGGGGCCUCAGGGCUGUGGGUCCACGUGGCUGCUCCCUCUUCGCUAGCACACGGCACAAACCUUGGUGGUUCAGUCUCCACAGUGAGUUCUCCCCAACCUCUGCCAAUCCCUGCGAGUGCAGAAAACCACACAACAGCCAGGCCAGUGGAGGGCCGUGAGGCCCGUAGCAUUUGCCGGCAUUUGGUUUCUCCGUGAGGCUGGACGGGGCAGAGGCCCGGGGCUCCUGUCACGGGGGCCCCAUGGGGACAUGUCCCUUUGCAUAAGUGCAGCCAAGCCUGGCGAGUGACUGGUGGGGCUAUGCGGUCCUGGCACUGGUCCUGGGAAAAGCCCGCGGCAGCCUCAGGAAGAUGCCUCCUGGAGCCCGUCCACCCGGCCGCCAUCGUGUGUCCAGCACAGCUGGCUGAAAUAAAGACGAGCACUGUGCCAGCACAGACACCUGCCUUCCUGAACCCAAAGGGCACGAUGGUCAUCGCUGGAGCUGGGGAUGCCCCCCCCCAUGCAGAGGAAUUUGGGACCCGCGCUCCCAUCCAGCACGGCCCCUGUGAAGGGACAGUGUCUCCACCAGGCUCCUCACUCACGGGCUUCCCCUCACAACCCACCCGCGGCUGGCGGUGGCCUCGCCAGCAGCUUGCUCCCGAGGAUCUGGGACUUGCAGGUGCGUUCAAGUGGGGUAAAUGAUGGACUGCAGGCUUUGAGUCACUUGUAGGACACAGUCUCACCGCUGUCCCCACUUUCUACCUUGGGGAUCCUGAGCUGCCUGGCCGGGCCUUCACCCCAGGUGGCGAAGGCAGGAAAACAGAGGACUGAGUGCUGGGGGAGGGAGAAGCAGGCAGGACACGGACCCCCGCCCUCCCCCAGGCUGGACCCUUGUGACGACCCAGAGGCAAGAGGAGAGCGUGGGAAAUGCGUCUGAAGGCGACUCUGAACACAACGCGUGUUUCUCGACAACAAGCAGAUCACAAACCAGAAAACUCUGUGUCCAAAGCCAAAGAGUUUUCCCUUAGUGGUCACGGAACAGGCCUCCCCGCCGGACCCCAUGAGGCACCGUGCUGGGGAGCACCAACCACCAGAGGCGCGGGGCUACUCCUCCUGCCCAUUAACAGCUGGGUCCCCACUGUCAUGGCUGAUGACGAAGUAUGGAUGCUGGAAUCCAGCAGGACCUCGGCCCCCACAGUACGCAGGCCUGGCGGUGAGCAAAGGGAUGGGGGUCCCCAUGCCACUGCCUGUAGAUGGAAUGGAUGUCCCCCUGGCCCUUCUCAGCCCCCCUCACCCCCAGGAGUCUGUCUCCUGUCCCAGAGCGGGGUCUCCAGGCACAACACCCUGGGAGACUGGGGUCUAAACACGGGAAACCACACAGCUGCCCCCACCCUGGGACCCUGCCACAGCACCCUCCCCAUAGCGGGAGCCCCCGUUUUACACAAGAAACCAGCACCAUGGCCUACGGAGCCCAGCGUCUCGACAGGAAACCAACGGCUCACUUCUGACGAACGUUCCCGAAUGCGUUCCUGACUCUUCUAACUGCACCUUCCCUUUGGGCUUGAAUGAGAACCAAGCGCACAGAGCUGGCCCCCCUUGGUGGCCACCCCAUCCCACAGCACAGAGGUCUGGUUGGCCACACAGGCGCUGUGGUCUCCACCCCUCCCCCUGCCCGUCCUGACCCCGAGGCCUCCUCAGACGGCAUCCGCCCCGUCAGAGCCUCCCCUCUAUCAGGAAGGAGGGAGAGGUAGCAAAGUCACGAGGCUUCAGUGGUCGCCAUUCUGCCGGCUUGAAAUCAUCUGCUCAGUCCGUCCCUGCACCGGGGUGUAGCCCUUGCACACAGAACACGUGCUUGGGCUGCACUCCGCACACACGCGUAGACGCGCACACAUGCAUGCUCCUCCGCCAGGGUCUGAGUAGUGAGAACACACAGGCAGGGUGUGUGUCGUUGCCGCAUGUUUUUAUGCUUCUACUAACCACGGUUCACUAGAAACCCAAUGUCUAUCUGUGAAUAAACGAAACUGCACAGCAUGCAGGAGACAGGACACGUUCCGUCAGGGAGGGCAGGGCUGACAGCGUCUGAGCAUCAGGAGGCAACUGGAGGAGGGUGUUCAACGCUGAUCACAGCAGAAUACUUAUUUAUUUCUAUUUAACAGGAUAGGAUAGGCAACGAGGCAGUGGUCAGUAACACAGUUAGCUUUACCAAAAUGAAGUUCAAAUCACGUAAGUUUAGAAUGUUGUAGCAAAAGGUAUAUAUUUAUACUGGAGUAUUUUUACACCUCUAAUAUCCUCAGUUCUAAGUUUGAGGCAGAUGGAAAUCGUAUCAGGUGCAAGAAGCCGGGCGACAGGGACGCAGAGCCAGCUCGCUGACACCACGUCCCGUCUGCACUGCUCCGUCUCCGCGUCCCCAUGGUCGGAGCUCAGCACAGGCCACGGGCGUCCCUCUGACUGCGCGGUGGACAGGGGCUGUGGCAGUGGGCAGAGGCUCGUGCCCCCAGCCCAGGCGGCUUCUGUGAAUGGUUUUAUAGCCCCCAGCCACCCCGCUGUGCUCAGGCACCAACUGUGGCUGCUUCUGCACCCCAUCAAGUGGUGGGGAGGAAACCCAACAUUUUCACCAUCUGGCCCUUGAUGGGGAAGGCGUGUGCUGGCCCUGCCCUGCGGCCCAAGCCACACAGGACCCCCUGUUGUCACCUGUCCCGUGCAGGCCAGGUUGACAAUUCAGCUGUACUGUGAAGUUACCAAUAGGCUAGAAUGUCCUUAAAACACUGACCCUGAGUAGCUCCCCACCACUGAUUUACUACUGAACACUUGGUGGAACUGGGCGGUUCAGGGUGCGGCCCUUGUCCGGGCGUGUGGGAGUGCAUGGCCCCAGGUGGGGCUGGGCAGUGGUCACCCUGACCUUUGAGAUGCUUUCUCCCUUUAGACUCUUGAAAAACCAAACCAAGCCAAACAACAAAGGAAACCCGCACAACUUAAAAGAAACUUGAAAGGGAUCGUAUACUACUAGUUUGUACUAAGUUUUUUUCAGGAAAGGGAAAUAAAUUUAUAUAUAUAUGCAAUAUAUUUUUACACUGUUUUGUUACCAUUAGGGAGUUCUGAGUGUAUCACUUUAUCAGCGUAUUGGUAAAGUCGCGUCGGCGUCUUGGGUGUUCUGACUCAGAAAGGCACAUCUGCAGGCAUCUAAGAGCCGCACUCACCAGGAACGUCUAUGGGAUCGGGGUGGCCCUCCCCAGACCUGUCAGAGCUGCUGUCAAGGCCUGGCUUGCAAACCUUUAGUGAAACAGCUCAUGUCUGUCUGCAUAUCUCUCCUCCUAUGUUCGCUGUUAACAUUGUGUGUCAAAUUGGUAAAGUGAUAAAUAAAGGUGUUGAAAUGUG